AUGACGCUUGACGUGCUGCACUUCAUCGAUGCCAAGGGCGGCAACGCCGAGGAGAUUCGCGAGUCGCAGCGGAAACGCGGGCACUCGGUCGAGAUUGUGUACGAGAUUAUCCAGAUGUACGCGGAUUGGGUGCGAAUGGACUAUGAGGCAACAAAUAUAAAUAAAGAGAUCAACGCGGUACAGAAGCAGAUCGGCGCAAAAAAGAAGGCCAAGGAGAAUGCGGAUGAUCUUGUGGCUCAAAAGAAAGAAUUGGACGCCAAGGCAGCGGCAAAACGCCAGGAGGCGAAGGACUUCGAAAUUACGAUGCGCAAGCGCGCGAGCACCGUUGGCAAUCUCAUCGCCAAGGGUGUGCCGGUCAGCAUGGACGAGGACAACAACGAGGUCGUGAGGACAUGGCAUCCCGAUGGUCCCAACGGCCAGGUCGAGAAGAAGGCCGGUAUCCUCGCACAUCAUGAGGUUCUCCUCCGUCUGGACGCGAUGGAUCUUGAGCGCGGCGCGAAGAUCUCGGGUCACCGAGGUUACUUCCUUACAAACGACGGAGUAGAUCUUAACCAGGCGCUUAUCUCGUAUGCUCUUGACUUCUUGCGCAAAGAUGGCUACAAGAAGAUCCAGCCACCUUUCUUCAUGAACAAGGAUGUUAUGGGCAAGACCGCUCAGCUGGACCAGUUCGAUGAGGAGCUCUACAAGGUCAUCGGCAGCGACGACGAGAAGUACCUCAUUGCCACUUCUGAGCAACCUAUCUCCGCCUUCCACAGCGACGAAUGGUUCGAAUCUCCCGACACCCAACUCCCGGUCAAAUACGCCGGCUACAGCACCUGCUUCCGCAAAGAGGCCGGCAGCGCCGGACGCGACAUGUGGGGCAUCUUCCGCGUGCACCAGUUCGAGAAGGUCGAGCAGUUCUGCAUCACCGAUCCGGAGAAGAGCUGGGAGAUGUUCGAUCGCAUGGUCGCCAACUCCGAGGGCUUUUACCAGAGCUUGAAGAUCCCGUACAGGCUUGUCGCGAUUGUGAGCGGGGCGCUGAACUUGGCGGCGGCGCAGAAGUUCGAUCUGGAGGCGUGGUUCCCGUUCCAGGGUGGAUACAAAGAGCUGGUCUCGUGCUCGAACUGCACUGACUACCAGAGCAGGAGAUUGGAGGUACGCUGCGGUCUGAAGACGAAGGAGCAGACGCGCAAAGUCUACGUGCACAUGCUCAACGGCACGAUGUGCGCUACCGAGCGCGCGCUCUGCUGCAUCGUCGAGAACUACCAGACACCCGACGGUCUUGUUGUCCCGGAGGUACUCCGCCCGUACAUGCAGGGCCGCGAGUUUUUGCCGUGGGUGAAGGAGUUGCCGAAGGGCAUGCAGCGCAAGUCGGCUUGA